AUGCAUGGACAAAACCUUCCCAAGACGCACAAACAAGGGAAGAGAAUGACAGCAACAAAACCAGAGGACAAUGAACAAAAACCAAAGCAUGCGGACCGACAGAAGCACAAGCCAAUUCAAGACACCUUUCACAGCAAAACUACCUCAAACAACACCAACACCCAAAAUGGAGCAAACAACCAAGACCACCACACCAGAGCGCAACCCAAGAAAACCACGGACCGCACGACCCACAUGACGGGGCGCCCAGCAAGGCACUCAGCAACCGCGGCCGCGAGCACACGCAAGAGGUCGAGAACACCCAAACCCGCGCCUCAAACCAAAAUCAACCACCACAAACCGAUCCCCGCCGACCGUCCUCAGCCCAACGCAGCACCCGGCAAACCAACAACGCGAGGAGGGCCCGAGAAGGAUGAGCCCAAAAAGACCAACGACCCCACCCCGGCCAGAUAA